UUGGCUUCUUGCAAAUGUAUUUUGUCGUCAUCACCAGUUUCUUUCUCUUUUAGCAGCAGCUGCACUUCAGACAUGGCGGAGUGCGGAGUCUCCAAGGGCCAGCGGGUGGUCGUGGGCUGGGAUAGCCAUUCUUCCCCCGAGGCCAUCCAGAGCCUUGUGCAAAGCCUUCAGGCGGCCGUUGGAGCUGACGGUCACGUGUCUGUAGAAAACAUCAACCAGUUGCUACAGUCAUCCUAUAAGGAGUCCAGCUUUGAUGCAGUUCUGUCUGGACUGGUACCUGGCAGCUCAGGCGUGCACAGCGCUGAAGUCCUGGCUGAAAUGGCCCGGAUCGUCAAGCCAGGGGGGCGUGUCCUUCUGAGGGAAGUGGUGACCGCAGAAACAGGAAACAACAGCAGACUCAAGUCACUAAGCAAGCUGCCCACUGCCUUGACACUUUCCGGACUGGUGGAAAUCAAGGAGCUCCAGAAAACACCUUUAACCUCAGAGCAAACUCAGGCUGUCCGGGAGCGUCUGGGUUUGCAAUGCAACAGUCUCUUCUUUGUUGAGAUUGAAGGCAAGAAGCCCAAGUUUGAAGUGGGAUCUUCACACCAGCUCAAACUUUCCUUUGCCAAGAAAUCUGCACCACCUGAGAAGCCUGCUGUGGAUCCUGCUGCCGCGCAGCUCUGGACUCUCUCGGCCGCUGAUAUGAAUGACGACGACAUGGAUCUGCUGGAUUCUGAUGAACUUCUGGAUGCAGAAGAUUUGAAAAAGCCAGAUCCGUCUUCUCUCAGAGCCCCCUCCUGCAAGGAUUCUGGAAAGAGGAAAGCCUGUAAAAACUGCACCUGCGGCCUGGCGGAGCAGCUGGAGCAAGAGAAGAGGAGCUUGCAGCCCAGAUCUGCGUGUGGCAAUUGUUACCUGGGGGACGCCUUCCGGUGUGCCAGCUGCCCUUACCGGGGCAUGCCAGCCUUCAAGCCCGGGGAGAAGAUUCUCCUGGAGGAGGAUAACCUACACGAUGCCUGAGAAGGGACCCGCACCAGGCCGCCUCUCGCGGCUUCGGGACUCCUUUGUGCCACUGACAUGACCCUCGCACUGGGGAGUUCCUUCGUACUGAGGAGAAGCGCGGGGACUGUGCGGGGCAACAGAAAGCAAAAACAUCCCGCUGCUCUAAACGGACAUGCUUUCCAGGCUAGCUUCUGAGUAGCUGAUCAUCUCGGGGGUUCAGGCAUUCCCUCUUUAGCUUACCGUCUAGGUGCUGGCCACAAAAAGAACACACUGGCAACUGGUGCCAUCCUUUUCUGGAAAUCACGGAGCAGCUCCGAGCUACUGCCUUUAGUCAACACACGAAGCUUUCUUUCUGUGGGUUUGGCUGCCAGAGGUGACCAAGCCGCGGUACGCCGAGACGUCUUCGUUAACUGUAUGUAUGUAUUCCUUCUCUGUCCUGCCACUGUAAUGGCACAGGGAGCUGAAAUUAAACUCACAAAGUGA